UGCAAAUAAAACAAUGAGCUAAGUACGUGCUGAAAAAUGGAUUCCUUUUUCGGGUUUGAUACCGGUUUGCCUGCUACCGACGAAAGUGGUGACACUGUUCGACAUACAGGGAGAAGCAGUGGACGGAACCAUAAUUCUGAGGACGAAUACGAUGCCUUGAACGACGAGACGUUUGGAGAACCGGAUAAAGGAGAUUGGGAAAACAUUCACGAAUCGUUAGUGCGACUGGAACAAGGUGAUGGAUUGUUGCAUCAUAAUAAGGUUGUAAAUGAAAACAAGCUUCAACAUAGCGACGAUGAGCUCGAAUUGAAUUGGUCUAGGUUUGAUUUCUGCGACGAAGAGGAGAGUAUUAGCAGUGCGGCGGACUUGAGUUUGGAUGAGGACAUUAGCACAAAGUUGAGACUUGAUCCAAGCAUCUGGAAUAGUCCUAAUAGAAAAGCAGCUCCACUUCAACAGCAAAAUAGUUUUGGCUUGUCAAGUAUCAUUCCAAAUACAUCAUUUGGUUUAGCAAAAAUCAAACCCAUAGCAGCGUAUAAUGUAGAGUGUCAGUCGCCGCAACUUCCGGUUAAAAUGCUGUCGGUGGAAGAUGUAGAAAGAAACAUAAUCCAGCAGCAGCAAAAGCAGCGGAUUAAAGACCGUGAACAAAAGAAAUUUUUAGAAAAGAGUCGUAAAAGCACAAAUACUAAGAAAUCCAUAACAGUUCAACCAACGGUGAAGCUGCCUUUACAGCCAUUGGUGCCUCCUGCACAGCUGCUUGCUGUUCGUAGUCAACUGUUUCCUCCUCCGCCAGUAAUGAAUCACCAAACCCGGUUACCGAUCGGUUAUUUACCUUACAGCUUCCUACCAGCCCAUUACGCCACACCGAUAAACAAUUUUUCAUUGCAUCCAGGGAUACCAACAGCAACACAUCAGUUGGGCCUUUUCCAACAUCAGCGCUUUCCUCUAACCAUCCAGCCGCAGCUUAUUCAACAGAAUAUGCAAAAUAAUCAAUUCAACGAACGGCUCGUGCAGGAAAUACAGCAAAAUCAUCCAAUGCUUUUGUUUAAUCGACAAAAUCAUUUAUACAAUAACCAUCAAAAUAAUCACAAACAUCAACAGAGGUACAGCCACUCGAAAGGGACUGACUACGACGAGUAUGCCAACCUUAUGACGAAUCGCGAAAAGCAGUGGCUUGUUGGAAUCCAGCUGACCCAGCUCAAUUCGGACACACCCUAUAUUAAUGAUUACUAUUUUACGGUAUAUAAGGAGAGACUGGCUUCUUUGAAAGGAAACGGCGAGAGCAAGACCUACCAAGACAACAAACUGAAUCAUCCGUUCACGCAACCAAAAGGACACGCUCAGCUGCUGUUGAUGUCCUCGCUCGCAAGAAAUUGUGGGCUGUACUCCAAUCGGGAACGCAAGAGCUCCGAAUCGAAGAAUAAUAAUGACCAGAAAGAUCAAAGCAGAACAUACACGCCGCUGCAGUUUGAAAAUUCACUGGGCAAAUUGCAGUGUGGUAGUGUGACUGCUCCUAGAAAGAUAAUAGAUAUGGACGUAGUCGGAAAUGAGUCGCCGGUAAAUGCCAGUUUGGAGCUGUCAAUGCAGAGAAAGUCACGUCAUGUGCUGCUUCACAUCGAAACGGUAUUUAAGUUGGUUCUGAAAAUGGAAGAUAUGAUUAAUCCUAUUGCCAUAGAAGCUAUUUCAUUGGCAAAGGAAAAGCGCGAAAGAGAAAUUCAGGAAAUGGCAACAGAUUCAUCGCCUUCAUCCAGUACCGAUUCGGAAACAUUUGACGAACUGAUGACUGCACUAAAGAAUGCAUUAACCCAAGAGAGGGUAACGCAAAUGCUUGCUAUACGUAAAGGGAAAAUUCUGCUGCGGCGAAUUUUUGUUCUGCUACGGGAAAAUCCUUGCCGCUGGAGUCUGUGGACGGUUGUUUUCUCUUCAAUACCUUUUCUAUCGAAAAGAGAUCGAGACGAUUGCGAAGGCGUUCUGUUUGCCCUAUACACCGAGUUCGAGCGACACGUACAAUACAGCAAACCACUGGAACUUCUCUGCCUGACCAAGAUUAUUGCAACGGAGAAAAUUUUGCUGCACCUUACUGGCUGCAAAUUUCUUCUUUCGUCAAUUAUAACAAUCAUAUUUCAAAUGGAAACGUUCUUUGCACGGAACGCAGCUACAGAUCUCACGCCCGAUGAACAGGAUCAGUGGAUUCAAUGUCUGGAAACCAUAACCGUUACAAUUACGAAACUGCUGCGGACUACGUCCGCAAUUGCUGCCCAACAUGCUAUCAAAAUUGAUCCCGAUAACAACAUCAUUCUUACUAUCCGAACGCAUAUGGAACGGUUUUCGCAGCGAGUAGAAGGAAGAAAUUUUCUCCACUUCAUCACGUCCGAUUCGACCGGCAGGACAUCGAUGACAGCCGACCGUGACGAUAAAACCCACUAGAGAUUCUUGUGAGUUUUCGAACGCUCAAAGACAAACUGCCACCGUAGUACAAUGUGCAGGAACUCUUUGUACAUUUGCUUUACCAGCGUUUCCGCCGGAAGGAAAUUCGAUUGGUCCGUACCGUUUUAGGCAUUAAAUUUAGUUUGUCGUCGUUUUCAGUCUUUUAAAAAAAGAUAAUUUUUCUAACGCGAAUUUAAAAGAAAGUGAUUUAAUAUGAUAUUAGGUAAACGAACACAUGUACAAAUAGCAUUCACCGAACAUCUCGGAUCGUUGUCUGGUACAACUCAUACACAGAUUAUUUAAACAUUUCGUUAGAAGUAAAAAUAAUACGCGUUUCUCGAAUAAAUGUUAUGAUUUGCUUAGA